AUGGCUCUCGACCCGCCGUCUAUGGCUUCAAGGCCCACCGACGUCAAUCCCGCUCCUCACACCAUGAAGCGUCGGGCAAGCCAGGAAUUGACUGCUACAAGCGAUUGCGAAACAAACCCGAAUAAACGACCCAACAGGAGUGAACGCGACGGGAACGUCCACUCCGCGCAAGUUGAGAGCCGCGAUACCAAUGUUGAAAUAGGAAACACAGCGCGACCGGUGUGUCCUAAACCGAGCCCGCAGAUGCAAGCAGCGCUUGCAGAGGCAUGCAGGAAGAGGGAUGAGCGACGAUCGAACGAAAAGCAAAAGCGCGAUGAGGAUGCAUUCUGGAGAGAAUAUUCGACAAGACUUGAGGAUCCUAACAAUGAAGCGUAG